CAAAAAGAAAGAAAGAAAGAAAGAAAGAAAAAAACACUUGAGAAUCUGAAAAAACCCAAAAAGAAAGGUUUUAAAAGCUUUUUAAGAGCUUAAAUCUUUGCUCAAAGUGAAGUUUUCAGCAGAAGAAUGAUCCUUUGUUUGAAAAUCAUUAUUUAGUUUUUUCUUUCUUGUGCUUUCUUCUCUUUUACCCCUUUUUAGAGCAAUACAGAUUUGUUGAAGAACUCUGUUUCCUUGAAACAACAAAAGAAGAAGAAAAGACAAUUUUUUUUUUUUUUUGGGAACCAUGAAGGCUCCAUCAAAUGGAUUUCAUCCCAAUCCAACAGAAGGAGAGAAGAAAGCAAUCAAUUCUCAGCUAUGGCACGCUUGUGCUGGUCCUCUUGUUUCAUUGCCUCCUGUCGGAAGUCUUGUUGUUUACUUCCCUCAAGGACAUAGCGAGCAAGUUGCAGCAUCGAUGCAGAAGCAAACCGAUUUUAUCCCAAACUACCCAAAUCUUCCUUCUAAGCUCAUUUGCUUGCUUCAUAGUGUUACUUUACAUGCUGAUACAGAGACCGAUGAAGUCUAUGCCCAAAUGACUCUUCAACCUGUGAAUAAGUACGAUAGAGAAGCACUCCUAGCUUCUGAUAUGGGUCUGAAGAUAAACAGACAACCCACUGAGUUUUUCUGCAAGACUCUUACAGCGAGUGACACCAGCACUCACGGUGGAUUCUCUGUACCACGUCGUGCUGCUGAGAAAAUAUUCCCUCCUCUUGAUUUCUCAAUGCAACCCCCUGCACAAGAGAUCGUAGCUAAAGAUUUACACGACACUACAUGGACCUUUAGACAUAUCUAUCGAGGCCAACCGAAAAGACAUUUGCUUACCACUGGUUGGAGCGUUUUUGUUAGUACAAAGAGACUAUUCGCUGGGGACUCAGUUUUGUUUGUAAGAGAUGAGAAAUCACAGCUGACGUUGGGUAUAAGACGUGCAAACAGACAAACGCCGACUCUUUCCUCAUCGGUCAUAUCCAGCGACAGUAUGCACAUUGGGAUUCUCGCAGCUGCAGCUCAUGCCAAUGCCAACAGCAGCCCUUUCACCAUCUUCUUCAACCCAAGAGCGAGUCCUUCUGAGUUUGUAGUUCCUCUAGCCAAGUACAACAAAGCGUUGUACGCUCAAGUGUCUCUUGGAAUGCGGUUCCGGAUGAUGUUUGAGACAGAGGAUUGUGGGGUUCGAAGAUAUAUGGGUACAGUCACCGGUAUUAGUGAUCUUGACCCUGUCAGAUGGAAAGGCUCCCAAUGGCGUAACCUUCAGGUGGGAUGGGAUGAAUCAACAGCUGGAGAUAGGCCAAGCCGAGUCUCCAUAUGGGAGAUUGAACCAGUUAUAACUCCGUUUUACAUAUGCCCUCCUCCGUUUUUCAGACCUAAGUACCCGAGACAGCCAGGGAUGCCAGAUGAUGAGUUGGACAUGGAGAACGCUUUCAAAAGAGCAAUGCCUUGGAUGGGAGAAGAGUUUGGGAUGAAAGACGCGCAGAGUUCGAUGUUUCCUGGUUUAAGCCUGGUUCAGUGGAUGAGUAUGCAGCAGAACAACCCAUUGUCCGCUGGUGCUGCUGCUGCUACUACUCAUCUACCGUCGUCUUAUAACCUACCUAACAAUUUUUCUCCCAACGACCAUUCAAAGCUGUUGAACUUCCAAUCCCCAAACCUCUCUCCGGCGAUUACUCAGUUCAACAAACCGAACAUGGUUAGCCAUAUCAGUCAACAGAUGCAAGCACAACCAGCCAUGGUGCAAUCUCAACAACAACAACAACAACAGCUGCAGCAACAAGUACAGAUGUCACAUCAACAGCUGCAGCAGCAACAUCAUCAGCAUCAGCAGCAAGGGGGUUAUAACUCAGGUUCUGUAAACAAUGGCGUGAGUGUUGUUUCUAACCAAGUCUCUUGUCAGAAUCAGUCUGCUGGUUUUACUCAGUCUCAGCAGCAGUCAAUGCUCUCUAAUGGCGCUAAAAUGACCCACCAGAACAUGGUUUCCGCUGGGAAUAAGGGCUCGUCUCAAAUGACAGCGCAAGAAUUGCAGUUUCAGCAGCAGUUGGAAUUGCACAACAGUACCCAGUUGUUGAGAAACCAGCAGGAACAGUCGUCUAUGCAUUCACUACAACAAAAUCCUCAGCAACUCCAGAUGCAACAACAACAAUCAUCAAAACCAAGCCCCUCACAACAGUUUCAGCUGCAGCUACUGCAGAAACUACAGCAACAGCAGCAGUCAACUCCUCCUCCGGUAAGCUCUUCCUUACAGCCACAGUUAUCGUCGCUGCAACAGACACAAAGCCAUCAACUGCAACAGCUUCUGUCGUCUCAGAAUCAACAGCCCUUGCCACAGAGUAAUAAUAACAGCUUCAUGCAGCCUCCACAGAUUCAGGCGAGUCAUCAUCAGCAACAAGGAUAUAUGAAUAAUAAUAAGCCUAUUGUAAGAUCGCAGUCUGGUCACAUAGAUGGAGAAGCUCCUUCUUGUUCAACCUCCCCAUCCGCCAAUAACACAGGACAUGAUAACGUUUCACCGACGAAUUUCCUGAGCAGAAAUCAACAACAAGGACAAGGAGUAUCUGUACCUGCAUCUGAUCCAGUCCAACAAGGCAUGGUGAAUCUGAAGAGCGCUGGUGAACAGUUCAAGUUCAAAGCCGCAGUAACAGAUCAAAUCGAUGUAACCACAGCGGGAACAACUUAUUGUCCUGAUGUCGUUGUUGGCCCUGGACAGCAGCAGCAACAGACUUUCCCAUUACCAUCAUUCGGUUUUGAUGGAGACCUCCAACAAUCUCAGCAUCCAAGAAACAGCUUAGCUUUCGCUGGUAAUAUCGAAGCUGUGAAUCCUGAUGCUCUCUAUUCUCAAAAGGACUUUCAGAACUUAGUAGUACCCAACUAUGGCAAUGCGCCAAGAGACAUCGAGACAGAGCUGUCCAGUGCUUCUCAGUCAUUUGGUAUUCCCAGCAUUCCCUUUAAGUCCGGAGGUUCAAAUGAGAUAGGUGGCAUCAAUGAUUCAGGGAUUAUGAACGGUGGAAUCUGGCCCAAUCAGGCUCAACGAAUGCGAACAUAUACAAAGGUUCAAAAACGAGGGUCAGUGGGAAGAUCAAUAGAUGUUACCCGUUAUAGCGGCUACGAGGAGCUCAGGAAUGACUUGGCGAGAAUGUUUGGCAUCGAAGGACAGCUUGAGGAUCCACAAAUCUCUGACUGGAAGCUUGUAUACACAGAUCAUGAAAACGAUAUACUGCUCGUUGGUGAUGAUCCUUGGGAGGAAUUUGUGAACUGCGUGCAAAACAUAAAGAUACUGUCAUCAGCAGAAGUGCAGCAAAUGAGCUUAGACGGAGACCUUGCAGCUAUCCCAACCACAAACCAAGCUUGUAGUGAAACAGACAGCGGAAAUGCUUGGAAAGUACACUACGAAGACACAUCUGCUGCAGCUUCAUUCAACAGAUAGAGAAGAAAAAGACGCAGAUAGUACAGCUUUUUUUUUGUGUGUAUGCACUGCAAACAACAAAACUGAGAAGAAGAAAAGGAAGGAUGCUGCAAGAGGUAUAUAUAGAUUUUUAUAGGACAGUGAUUUGAUUUUUCAUUCUAACUUUAAUGUUGUUGUUGUUGUCUUUCUCUUGUUUCCUUAUUUUAUGCAACCUGUGAACCAAGGACAAAGUCUACUAAGAGUCUCUCUACAGAUACUUUAAUGUAAUGUAACUAAAACAAAUUAUUGUUAUUUGCUC